AUGGACUCGACAAUCUUUCAGAUCAUCAUCGACGAGUUUGAUCCCAACUGCAGCCUGAUAGACCUCUUCCAAGACCAUUUCUAUGAACCUGACCCCAUCCCGAUUGUGGACCUCACUGGUAUUUAUUGUAAUUCAACAACCGAUCAGAUAGGAACUUGCUGGCCGAGGACAAAAGCAGGACAGCUUGUAGCGAGACCUUGCCCCGAGUAUUUCAAUGGGGUUAAAUACAACACCACAAGAAGUGUGUACAGAGAAUGUACUGGAAAUGGAACGUGGGCCUCUAGAAUCAAUUACUCCCACUGUGAGCCCAUCUUAGAGGAGAAGAGGAAAUAUCAACUCCACUACAAGAUCGCGCUGAUCAUCAACUAUCUGGGUCAUUGCAUCUCGGUCGGAGCCCUCAUAGUCGCAUUUAUUCUUUUUCUUUGUUUGAGAAGCAUAAGAUGCCUCCGGAACAUCAUUCAUUGGAACUUGAUAACUACGUUCAUACUGAGGAAUGCCAUGUGGUUUCUAUUGCAAAUGAUCGACCACCAGAUACAUGAGAACAAUGAGCCCUGGUGCCGUCUUAUCACAACUAUCUUCAAUUACUUUGUGGUGACUAAUUUCUUCUGGAUGUUUGUCGAGGGCUGCUAUCUCCACACAGCUAUAGUGAUGACCUACUCCACAGAUAAGCUGCGCAAAUGGAUAUUUCUGUUCAUUGGAUGGUGUAUACCCUGUCCUAUCAUUGUAGCCUGGGCCAUAGGCAAAUUAUAUUAUGAAAAUGAGCAAUGCUGGUUUGGAAAAGUACCAGGGAAAUAUAUGGACUAUGUCUAUCAAGGACCAGUGAUACUCGUACUGCUGGUUAACUUUGUCUUUCUCUUCAACAUUGUGAGGAUCCUGAUGACUAAGCUGAGGGCAUCGACCACAUCAGAGACAAUGCAGUACAGGAAAGCAGUGAAGGCAACUUUGGUUCUGUUACCCCUUCUUGGCAUCACUUACAUGUUGUUCUUCGUCAAUCCAGGCGAAGAUGACAUCUCACAAAUUGUUUUCAUUUACUUUAAUUCAUUUCUGCAAUCCUUCCAGGGUUUCUUUGUCUCUGUGUUUUACUGUUUCCUGAAUGGUGAGGUACGUUCUGCUGCAAGGAAGAGAUUACAUCGAUGGCAAGACAAUCAUACUCUUCGAGUUCGAGUUGCCCGGGCUAUGUCAAUACCAACCUCACCCACAAGAAUCAGUUUUCACAGCAUAAAACAGACAACUGGUGUCUGA